CUCUUUCACUGGUUUCUAGUUCAACUAAGGCAAGAAUGCAGAAGUCAUCAUCAUCAUCAUCAUUAAUGGUGAGGCAAGAAUUCUGCACCAAAUGGAAAAAGGGACUGCAAAUAUACAGCGCCUACAACAAGGAGAUGACGAUCAUGGAAAGGAAGAGGGCGAUCAAGCUGUCCGCUGACGUGGCGAUAGCCGCCACCCGAAGCUCCACCACACAGUGGAGCAGGGCCGUCGUGGCAGACGUCUCGACCUCCGCCGCAGGCGCCGCCAGAAUCGCGGCGGAGGAGAUCCUGGGGAGGAAGCUGUCGACGGAGAGAAGGAAGAAGAUCGUGAGGAGGAGGAGGAGGCGCAAGGGAGCUGUGAGUUCCAGCGCCGCCGCGGUUGCGAAGAGAGUGGUUUGGAAUCGGAGGCGCGUGCUUAAAAGGCUGAUACCUGGCUCUGGUUGGAAGAAAUUGGAUGAGACUUCUUUGAUUAAAGAAACCCUAGAUUAUAUUGCUUCUUUGCAAGUGCAGGUUGAUGUAAUGAGACAUCUUGCAAAUGCUGCUGAGACCUGCUUGCAUCAUCAACAAAUCUUAUUAUAAUGUUAUCUAUGUCAAGUUUCUUGUUUUUUAGAAUAGAUUAUGACGAAGAAAAGAUCAUGUAGUAACUCUUUGGAAAGAGAGCAAUAGUUAGUUUAAAGAAUUAAUUAAGUUCUAUUUCAAAAUUAGAGUGUAUGAGAUUUCUUGAGCAAGGAUACAACAAGACUUACUGUACUUGCCACUAAUAUGAAUGUCAACUAUUGUAUGAAAUGUAGAAAUUCAUGAAAA